UCAUAGUACAAAUUUCUAUCUUAAAAUUAAUCUAGGGCUUGCAAGUUUCGGGUUUCAAAGUUUUAUUCAAAUGGCUAAUCUCUCAUUCUUGCUGCCUGUUUUAGCUCUUUCACUUUUAGCUGUCUUUGCUGUUGAUGCUGCUACUACUCUCCAAGAUUUUUGCGUGACAAAUCCAAUAGGCCAAGGGAAUUCAUUAUGCAAGGAUCCAAAACUUGUUGAGGCAAAUGAUUUCCUUUUUAGUGGCCUUCACAUAGCUGGCAACACUACUAACCCUGCUGGGUCAAGAGUAACUCCAGUCUUUGCAUCUCAACUACCAGGAUUGAACACACUAGGAAUCUCCAUGGCUCGUGUCGACAUAGCACCAUGGGGUGUUAACCCUCCUCACUCACAUCCCCGUGCCACUGAAAUAUUCACUGUUCUCGAAGGCACGUUAGAAGUUGGAUUCAUCACGUCAAAUCCUGAAAACCGCCACUUUAAGAAAGUACUACAAAAGGGAGAUGUGUUUGUGUUUCCUAUAGGGCUCAUUCACUAUCAAAGAAAUAUUGGAAAUUGUAAUGUUGUUGCUAUUGCUGCUCUUAGUAGUCAGAAUCCAGGAGCUAUAACUAUUGGCAAUGCAGUGUUUGGGGCUACACCUGAAAUAGCAAGUGAAGUGCUCAUCAAGGCUUUUAAAUUGGACAAGAAUGCCAUCAAUUACUUACAGUCAAAGUUUUAGAAUAUUGGGAGGGAAAUUCAGCUCUUUUUGUUUGUUUGUAUGUUUCAUUCGUCUGUCUUCCUUAUUUCCUAAUGUAUUUUAUUAUCAUUCAUUUGAUUCUUUCCUAAAAGUGUGGGCAUCUACCGUUUUUUUUUUUUCAUUUUUUUUUUCUUCAUGUGAUAUUAAUUAAAAAAGGUUUGAUGUAUUUCCCUUA